GGCUGCCUGCCCCCAGCUGAUCUCUUUCCCCCUCGGAAAAAGCCUUGCCCUAUGGCUUUCUUCCGGCGGUUUUUCCGCUUGGGCAAGGAGAAGAAGAAGCCGAGGCGCUAUGAGAAUGUCAGGCGGGACGUCAACCCCGAGGACGUGUGGCUGGUGCUGGGUGAGCUGGGCGACGGCGCCUUCGGCAAGGUCUUCAAGGCCCAGAACAAGGUGACGGGGGCUCUGGCCGCGGCGAAGGUGAUCACCACACCGAGCGAGGAGGAGCUGCAGGACUACAUGGUGGAGAUCGAUGUCCUGGCCUGCUGUGACCAUCCCAACAUCAUCAAGCUGCUGGACGCGCUCUACUGGGAUGGGCAGCUCUGGAUCCUGGUGGAGUUUUGUGCAGGAGGGGCCAUGGAUGCUGCGAUCUUGGAGUUGGAGAAAGGCCUCACUGAGGAGCAGAUCCAAGUGGCCUGCAAGCAGCUGCUGCUGGCACUGCAGUACCUGCACAACUGCAAGAUCAUCCACCGGGACGUGAAGGCUGGGAAUGUCCUGCUCACCCUGGACGGGGAUGUCAAGCUGGCUGAUUUUGGUGUCUCUGCCAAAAACUCCAGCACUUUCCAGCGCCGGGCAUCCUUUAUUGGUACCCCAUACUGGAUGGCCCCUGAGGUGGUGCAGUGUGAGACAUCCAAGGAGAACCCCUAUGGCUACAAGGCUGACAUCUGGUCGCUGGGCAUCACGCUGAUUGAGAUGGCUGAGAUGGAGCCCCCCCAUCAUGACCUCAACCCUCUGAGGGUGCUGCUGAAGAUUGCCAAGUCCCAGCCACCUACCCUGCGUCACCCCAAGAGAUGGUCUGAAGAUUUCAAGGACUUCUUGAGGAAAUCCUUGGAGAAGAGCCCUGAAGCACGGUGGUCAGCCACCCAGCUCCUGCAGCAUCCCUUUGUGGCAGAUGUCUGUGACAAGCGGCCGCUCAGGGAGCUGGUGGCUGAGGCCCGGGCUGACGUGCUGGAGGAGUUUGAAGAGGAGGAAGAAGAGCAGGCCCAGCUGCCCAGCCAGGAACGUGGAGGAUCCUUCUGCUUCCCAUCCCCUGGCAAGCUGGAGGGGUCCACAAGCACCACCGGCAAUGAAGCAGCACUACCAUGCCCAGCUGCAGGAGAGGGGCAAGAGCCAGCUGUGGCAGCAGCUUCCAUCACUCCAUGUGGGGACAUUCAGGACUUGAUGGAGCAGGCUGGGAGGCUCUGCGAGGGGCAGGAUGCCCACCCUGCUGUCCAAGAGGAGCCAGGACAGAAUAUUCCCCAUCUGAGGCCCAAGAAAGAGUCCAACUUGCUGAAGCAAGCGAGGAAGAAAUCCUCAUCUGUCCUGGUGGGCUCUGUAAGGCUCCCUCCAAAAAGACCAUCUGAAUUCCUGAAGCUGAUGAGGCGUCGGUCAUUUUUUGGAGGGUUCAAGUCCCAUGAAGUUGCCAGCGAGAAGCGCAGGGCGGAUGGAGGGGAGCCAAAUGGGGAGCAGCCCCCAGGGCACCUCCUGAGUGGGCCAGGAUGGACAGCGCUGGAUGCCCUCCAAAGGACACCAGACCAAGUGGAGGUGGGAGAAGUUAAAGGGUGUCGAGAGGAACCCAGUGCUCUGGAGAACUCCUCCAAGAUGGCAGAACUCCUGGGGGCAAGUCAUGCAGGGGGCACUGCUGAAAUGCAAGAGCAGAAAGUGGAACAGGUUGGUCCUGUGGCAGAGGGACAGCAAACAGCUGCUGCAGCUCAAACAAAUCCCACAUUUUCCUCCAAAAGUGACACUGAAGAGCUGUCAAGGGCAGAACCAACUUGCAGUUUGUCAACCUUGCCCCAAGACAGAGCUGAUGGAGGCUGGAUCAGCAGCUCAUCUGCAGAGGUGCUAGAUAAGUGCCCUGUCCCCAUCCCUGGGAGGUGGGCAAUAUCAGCUCAAAGGAGAGGGGAAACACAAAGUCUAGUUGAGAAGCAGCACCUGGAUCGUGCUUGUGGAAGCAGGCCCCGUGCCAGCUGGUGUGCAAUGGUGGGUUCUGAGCAGGUGACAGCUCUAGACCUGGGGCACACCAGGACCAAAGUCCAGGGUUUCGAAGAGUCAGUUGCAGAGCUCAAACAUGGGUUUACUAGAUCGUUGCUAGAGCUGAAAGCUGUUGGGGUUAAGCUGCAGGCUGAGGUUGGCUCCAGAGCAGCUGGAGAAUGGGAAGAUGGCCCUGGAGAAGGCAGACGUGGAGCUGAGAGAGCAUCCAAGGGACCUGAGGAUGACAGAAAACCUGGGGAGACUGACCCAGGGCAGGAGAGGGUGCCACCAGGAGAAACGUUGCUCAUGCAGAGUGCAACAGAGGAAGUGGCAGUGGGGUCAGAAGGGCUUGAGGGGCGGCAGAAGCCACCAGAUGGACGAGGAGAGACUGCAGAAGGAAACAGUGGGAAGAAAAACACAGCGACACACAAGCCCACCAUUAACUCCUUGGAGCAGGCUGAGCAAAACAUAGGGGACAGUGAGGAGGAAGCUGCAGACUCUAUGAUGACUAGCCACCUUGGCGAAGACAGUCAACAUUUGGUGGUGGAAACUUCUCUCAAGGGAACCUUGGUGCUGGCAGAAGUGAACUCAGAAGAUGUAGGGGAGUGUUUAACUGGAGACAGUAAUCCCAUGAGCGAUGCAGCGGGCAGGGAGGAACUGCCUGCAGGAGAGAGACUGGAGGCAGACUGUGCAGCACAAGCCAAAGAGGGUCUGGUGGGUAAGGAAGCCCAAAAUUCAACAGAGGACUCAUCCCCCAAGGAGAUCCUGGGAUCAGUUAAAGAGGAAACAGAGAAGAAAGUGGAAAAUGACUCUAGAGAAAAGCAGCUCUUGGCUGGUUAUAGCAAUGACUCUCAAAAGCAAGAUGGAAAUAAAGAGGAAGGGAGGAAUCAGCUUGGAGAUAAUGGUGUGAAGGUUGCUCCAGCUGGGCCAUUAAGAGAUGGAGUCAGAGGAGAAACGAGUGACUUGGGCAAUGGAGCAGUGCCAGAGCCUCAGGAGCCUUGUGGUGGACACCCAAAGGCCACAAAGACCAUGAGCUUUACUGCCCUGCGUCACACUUCUUCCUGGGUAGUCUGGAGAGCGGGGGACAUCCCAGAUUCACCCUCGGGCAACUGCUCCACACCAGAGCGAGGAGAGGAGCUGCUGCCUCCAGCAAACCUUGCAGACACACACGCUCCAUCACCCUCUGUGGAGGAAGCCUGGCAGCAGGACGUAGGGUCCAGUCUUGUGUCAAGGAGGAGCUCAGCACGGGAUUUACGUCAUCUGGGUUGUCUGAGUUCAAACCAUUGCUCCUCGUGGCAGGAACCUCCCUCCCUCCGAAGGAUGGUAAAGAAAACGCGCAGAUUUGUCGUGGAUGGGAAGGAGGUGAGCGUGACAACCGCCAAGACCAUCAGCAAGGCUGAGAUGAAGGAGGAGAAGAUGCGCUCUGCUCGGCGCCAGGAGCUCCGUGAGUUGCGGGUGCUGCAGAAGGAGGAGCAGAGAGCACAGACCCAGCUGGAGCAGAAGUUUCACCAGCAGCGGGAGCAGAUGUUUCGGCACAUCGAGCAGGAGAUGACGAGCAAGAAGCAGUAUUAUGACCAGGAGGUGGAGGCCUUGGAGCACCACUACCAGCAGUUGAAAGAGCGCCAGGAGCAUGAAUACACAGUGAAACUGCGUGAUGAAGCUAAGCGCCUGAAGUCCCUCCAGGAGAAGGAUGGUGAAAAGAGGAUGCAAGAGCUGAAGGGCAACAAGACAGAGGAGCAGCGGUUCUUGCAGCAGCAGCAGGAGGAGCUGAACACAGCCUUGCAGAGAGUUGUCCAGGAGCACAAGAAGAAAAUGAUGUCUGUUGACCAGGAGCACAUCAGCAAGAUCCACAGUCUCCGCAGAGCCCGUGAGUCUGUGGUGUGGAGCAUGGAGCAAGGGCACCUGCAGGAGAAGUACCAGCUCUUCAGGCAGCAGGUGAAGGAGCAGCACGCACUGCAGCAGCAGCAGCUCCACAAGCGCCACGAGAAGGAGAUAGAGCGGAUGAACCGUUUCCACCAGCUCUUGCUGGAUGAGCUCAGGAGCCAGCAGGCCCAAGAGCAAGCUCAACUGCUGAAAAGCCAGCGCUGCUAUGCCAAGGCCCGUCUGGCCCUCUUCAAGAGCAACCUGAGGAUUCAGGAGGCUAAUGAGGCCAAGCAGAGAGAACAAGCUAAGCAGUUCCUGCAGCAGGAGGACAAGCGGCAGAGAGCGGAGGUGCAGCAGCAGCAGGAGCAGCACGCGCAGCAGCUGCAGCAGUUGCAGCAGCAGCAGGCCGAGAAUCUGGGGGAGCUGGAACAGAUGCAGAGCGAGAAGAUGCACCUCUUGGCCAAGCAGGAGAGGAGACAGCUGGCACGGCUGGACGACGAGCACUCCAUGGAGCUCAGCGAAUGGAAGCGACGUCUGGCUGCCCGCGAGGAAAUGCUCGAGGAGGAGCUGGGAAACUCCUUGCCUGUUCAGCAGUGCAGAGGGCCGCGUGGCCACCGUGGCAGCAGACUCUCCCGCUUCUUCCACUUCCCUUCCUGAUCCUAUGCUGUGGCUUCUUGGGAAGACCAAGAGUCGUGGCUGCUGGCAGCCUCCCAGGGACUGGCCCUAUGGGACCAUAGGAGCCAAAAGUAGCUGCGGAAAACACAAGCAGCCCCAGGACAAGGACGUUGAGCUAUGGCCGGUCUACACAGGGCAACCAGGCCAGGAAGAAGCAUGGACCAUGGGGAUGUCAGAGACCUGGGUGCCCCCUACAAAAGGCUGGGCGUGUUUGAACCCUCCUCAGUUCCUCCUGUGCAGCCCAGUCUCCCUGUGCUGGAGGGGCCAGGGUGAAGCGGCUGCUGCCAUCUGGAACGGCUCUGGAAGCUCCUCAAUGGAAGUCACCUCGCUGAUCUUGAAGUUAUGGAUACACAGGUAUCACUGGUGCCUUCAGUACCUGCACGUCAUGGUGGAUCACCUUUCAGCUGUGUUGCAACA